AUGGCCUUCAUGAUGAUGAAGAAGAAGAAAUUCAAGUUCCGCGUGGAGCUGGAGCUGGACGAGCUCUCCUCGGUGCCCUUCGUCAACGGGAUCCUCUUCUGCAAGGUGCGGCUGCUGGACGGCGGCAGUUUCAACGGAGAGUCUUCCCGGGAAGUAGUGCAAGCCAACUGUGUUCACUGGAAGAAGAGAUUUCUAUUUAUGUGCAAAAUGAGCGCAAGUGCCACUACAGGGAUUUUGGAUCCCUGCAUCUGCAGAGUGUCUGUACGGAAGGAACUAAAAGGCGGAAAGGCUUAUGCAAAGCUGGGUUUUGCAGACCUCAACCUGGCAGAGUUCGCUGGAUCUGGAAAUACCACUCGCCGCUGUUUACUGGAAGGUUAUGAUACCAAAAACACAAGGCAGGAUAAUUCAAUUCUCAAAAUAUUGAUCAGCAUGCAGCUAAUGUCUGGAGACCCGUGUUUUAAAACGCCUCCAUCCACAGCCAUGUCUAUAUCGGUUGCUGGAGAACCAGAAUCACUACAAGAAGACAGGAAAGGGGGAGAGAGCAUAAAAGCAGCACAUCUGAGUGUAUCAGAUCUUGCAACAAAAAGUGCUUCUAUCCCAGAUGAACUUGGAGCAAGUGGACAUUCUAGGACAUCCAGCUAUGCAAGCCAGCAGUCAAAAGUGUCAGGUUAUAGCACCUGCCAUUCGAGAUCAUCCAGCAUCUCUGAUCUCUGCCAUAAGAGAAAUACGUCUGCAGGAAGUACAUCGACGGGUAUAGGCAGUAUUCUAGAACCAUGUGAAGAGACUGAGUCCAAGAAAAAUGAGGAAGAUGCAGCCUCAGAAAAAUCGAACAGAUACCCAGUAAAACAGGAUUCUGUAGAGUCGCAGCUGAAGAGGGUUGAUGCUACCAGAGUUGAUGCUGAUGAUGUUGUUGAAAAAAUACUGCAGAGUCAAGACUUCAGUUUGGACUCAAGUGCAGAAGAGGAAGGGCUAAGACUCUUUGUGGGUCCUGGAGGGAGUACUGCCUUCGGAAGCCAUCACUUACCUAACAGAGUGGGUUCUGGAGCAUAUGAACAAGUAGUGAUUAAACGCUAGAAGAACUGGACUAAAAUUACACAGUAAUUCUUGGAGUUGCAGAAUUUGCAUAAUUCCAAAUACUGUCCUAGUCGGGCUCUUCUGAAAUGGCUGGUUUGUAGUCGCCUGGAUUGUCAGUUUGAGUUUGUCUU